CUUAGAGGUGCUGCCCGUCUGCUGCACUGUGACCGAGAGCUGCCUCCGCUCAUGACCAAAACACAGUCGUCGAUUUAACCAAAUGAGCUACUGCUAGGGGGAAGAAAUACCAAAUUUAUCUUCAGUUUUAUAAAGUUACAGGGGAAGGAAGGAACGAGCAAACAUGUCUGAAGUCGGCCAAACGUCUGACGAAGACGUGUCCCCCGAGGACAUAAAUGAAGACGAAAUACUGGCCAACCUCUCCCCUGAGGAGCUGAAGGAGCUGCAGAGUGAAAUGGAAGUGAUGGCCCCUGACCCUGAGCUCCCCAUAGGAAUGAUACAGAGGGAUCAGACAGAGAAGCCCCCAACGGGCAGCUUUGACCACCGCUCCCUGGUGGAUUACCUGUACUGGCAAAAGGCGUCCCGACGCAUGCUUGAGGAUGAGAGAGUUCCCGUCACCCUCCUGCCCUCCGAGAGAAUGACUGCAGAGGAGAUGGGAGACAGUGGUGGCAGGAGGGGGCCAGAGGCUGAUGGGAAAGAGCGGCACUACAAAAAUGAGAGUGUGUCACAUGCAGUAGCACAGCCUGAGGAGAUGAACAGAGAUGGAAGCAAUGAGGAGAGAGAGGAGGAGGAGGAAGAGGAGGAAGGUGAAGAGGAGGAAGAUGAGAGUGAGUCAGAAACAAAGGAAACUUGUGUUAGUGAAAACCAUCACAGUGAUCAAACAAGCAAGCAAGCAGGUACGGAAUCAGGGGAAACUACAGAAAAGUCAGAUGAAAAUGAAAAGAAAAUCUCAAAAUUGAACAUCCCCAAAAAGUUAGCGUUGGAUACCAGCUUCAUGAAGCUCAGUGCCAGGCCAUCAGGAAAUCAAACCAACUUAGAAGACAGCUUGGAGAAAGUCCGAAAAAACAAUCCAGAGAUGAAGGAGCUCAACCUGAACAACAUAGAGAACAUCCCCAAAGAAAUGCUGAUAGACUUUGUCAAUGCGAUGAAGAAGAAUAAGAACAUAAAAACGUUCAGCUUGGCCAACGUGGGAGCCGAUGACAGUGUUGCAUUUGCACUGGCCAAUAUGUUGCGUGAGAACAGGAGUAUCACCACACUCAACAUCGACUCCAACUUCAUCUCUGGGAAGGGCGUUGUGGCCAUCAUGAGGUGCCUGCAGUACAACGAGGUGCUGACGGAGUUCCGCUUCCACAACCAGAGGAGCAUGCUGGGCCACCAGGCCGAGAUGGAGAUCGCCAGGCUGCUGAAGGCCAACAACACCCUGCUGAAAAUGGGCUACCACUUCGAGCUGCCGGGGCCCAGGAUGGUGGUGACCAACCUGCUGAGCAGGAACCUGGAUAAGCAGAGGCAGAAGAGGCAGGAGGGGCAAAGGCAGCAGCAAAUGAAAGAGCAGAGAGAGCUGAUCACCAUGCUGGAGAAUGGACUGGGCUUGCCACCUGGGAUGUGGGAGAUGUUGGGGGGGCCGGUGCCCCAGUCCAGGCCGCAGGAAGCUCCCCCAGCACCCAAACCUCCCAUCCCCACCUCAGCACCUCAGGGACGGGGGAAGGAAAGCACACGACCCACAGCUUCUGAGCAGCCGCGUGGGGCUGAGCCCAGCUUCAGGGUGAUCAAGCUGAAGAAGAUCCAACGCAAACCCGCCGUGCCCAAGUAUGUGGAACCCACUGAGAAAACCAACCUCAAGGAUGUGAUCAAGACCCUGAAGCCGAUCCCCAGGAGAAGGCCCCCUCCUCUCGUCGAGAUAACACCACGAGAUCAGCUGCUGAAUGACAUUCGUCAGAGCAACGUCGCGUACCUCAAACCGGUGCCAUUACCAAAGCAGUUGGAGUGAGAGACCCAAAGAAAACAACUCGGAGCAAAGACUGUUCAAGUUUUGCUUACAGUUGUUUCAGCAGAAGUUUUCUGCAGAAUCCAGGUGGUGUAUGUGACUCUUUGGGAACAAAGCUUGCAAUAUGCACUUCUCUCAGUGUGAUGAAAAAGGCUGGCAUGGGAAAAAUCAGCACUAAGAGUUUCCAUCAGGUAUCAAAAUCCCAGUGCCAUCUGUCUGCCAAAUGGAUUCAAGGCUCCAGUUUGUUGUGGGAGGAUUUCCUCAGAGACAUCAAUAACCUUAAGUCUUUCUAGUUUGUCAGUAAACUAUUUUGCUUCCAUGUUGUCCUUCUGCUGUCCAAUUCUGCAGGAACACACUGUGCUUUAGCUUAUCUUUCUUUUCACACACAUGCUCCUUGAUUAUUCUCUUGUCCAUAGGAAAAGCAUUUGGUUUCUAUGUAAACAGCUUUAUUUUUUAGGCUAAGGAAAUGAAUGAAAUAAAAGCUCUCUCCAUAAGAAAUGUGCAGCACAUCCAUGGCUUGUAAGAAGUUUGCAGAACAGAAUGCACUCUGGUGCAUCCAUAUUUCAAGCCAGUGUAUUUCCUAACAGUCCAGUUGGUCUCAUACCUGACCAGCAUGUAAAAGAUGAUGCCAUGCUGUUUAGAGAGCUGUAAUCUUAAUUCCACGUAAUUCACCCCUGGAUCAGGCUCCACACCACCCCCAUCUUGGGAUGCACCAAAACACCGCUGCCAACCUCUCUCACACUGCUCUCAAGCAUCUGGAGGAUGAGCCCUAACCCUCUCUCUGUAACUCGAAAAGCUUAUUUUUACUUUAAUAUUGUUGUAACAUUUUUUUCUCCUCCCCUUUUUUAAUC